AUGCAGUCGGCCUGCGAUGAGGCUGCUAAUUUGAUCCGCGGCGACGUUGCGACUCAGGCCCUGGCACGCCAACUCGUGCGGCGGCGCGUUCAUCUCAACGCCACGGCAUGCCGGCGCGCUAGGUCGAUCGUCACGAAUCACAGCGGCCGGAUGAUCCUAACAGCCUAUGGGAGGGGAUGCUCCCCUCGACCCAAGAAGCCAUCCGAGCUCGCAUUCGUUCAGGUCUCGACCCUCUUCCUCGACGAUGUUGUGCCGCGACUUCAGGUUGGGGCGGCGUCGGGCUGCGGCAUCCCGCCCGAGGAGAAGAGGGACCUCGACGUGCACUGCCCCCCCGUGAGGAGCGUUCGGCAGCAGCUCUCGCAGGGCGCCAUUGACUGGCACCAAAGGCUCGCGCGCGCUCCGCCUCGAGAGCAUCGCCGCCGCAACUGUCCCGGCUGCCUGGGAGACCCCGCAGCCUGCUGCAGCGGAAAUGGGGUCUGCCUCCUCGACAUAUGCGCCUGCUACGAGGGCUUUGGUGGGCUCGACUGCGCGCACCCAGCCCCUCUCGAAUCCAUUCCUAAACCAUCGCUUUCGUCUCCGGAAUCAGCAUCCUCGACUGCAGUGCCGGGCCGACAUGAACAUGAGGAGCUCUCGCCGCUGCCAACGCCCGCAGCGCCGCCUCGCCGCGGCGUCUCCAUCUUUGUGUACUCCGUGCCACCGGAGCUAGGGCAACUCGUAAAGUCCCUACAGGACGAAAACAUCUUCCAUCUGUAUUCGACGGAGGAUCACUUCCUUGAGCGGCUGCUGCGGAGCGGCAGUCGCACGCUCGAUCCGGAGCAGGCAGACCUCUUCUACGUGCCGACGCUGAGCUACCACGUGAUGAGGAGUAGGUGCCCACGCGCCCUGGUGCGGCUGCUCCAGCACUGGGUGAGGACAGCAUACCCCUACUGGAACCGCUCCGGCGGGCGCGACCACGUCUUCUUCCUCACUCACGACACUGGCGGCUGUGCGUUGGGCGAGGCGGACGGGCGCGGCGACCUCGGCAGUCAAGAGGCAAUCGAGCGUGAGUUGCGCAGGGGGCGGUGGUGCUUCUCGCCUCACAAGGACAUCGUGCUAGCAGACUGGUUUGGACAGCGAAAGGCGAACGGAGCCAAUGCUGCACCGGCGCCGGCACCGAUGGGCAGGGGCGAGCGUGGCUACUCGCAAGGCGUGCGACAGCGUCUGUACGAGCUGUACGGAUCCGGCCCGGCGACCCACGGCAUUGCAAUCCACAAGCACGGAGUGAAUCAGUCGGCAUGGCUCGACGCAAAAUUCUGCCUUGCUUCUAGCGGCGUGGGCUGGGGUCUACGUACGGCCGCAAUGGCCAUGUUGGGCUGCCUGCCGCUCAUCUUUCAGCCGUUCGUGAUGCAGCCGCUCGAAGAUCUGCUCCCGUCUUACCCGAACUUCUCUCUCCGCGUCGACCGGCUGCAGCUCGCCUCUGACCUGCCUGCACUACUCGCAGCUGUUGGACCCGGCCAGGUGAGCGCCAUGCGUGUCGCGCUGCGGGCGGCGGGGCAAGCCCUGUCAUGGGCACCUGGCGGCCUGGCCUUCGACUACACGAUCGCGGCGCUCUGCUUUCGGGCUAUUGAGCUGCACGGAUCGCUCAAGUCGGGCGGGGCGGAAUGCGCGCCUCGAGGACUCCCGCUCGAGCCUCGUCCGCAGCUCCCCUCGUGGUUUCCACCCGCUGUGGUAGAGACUACGGUGGUCCUCCGGCGCGAGCGUGCGGCUGCCAUGCGCGAGCUGCGCGCCCGUGCCAGUAUGCGCGCAGCCCCUAGGGAGGUGGCCCAAUUUCGGACACCUCGACCCGAGGACCUUACGGAGGUCGCGGUGCUCGCGUUCCGCAACCUGCAGCCUCCGGCAGGCGCGCGACGAGGCUUCUGCGGCGUCACCUCCUACGGUCGCAGUUGUCGCAGGCACCGUUCCGGCGCGAUGGGCCUCUUCGAGCGGCCAGGCACCGAGCUGGAGCUGGACACGGCGGUGGCACCCCCUCGCAACUUGCAGGGCUGCAUUGCCGCUUGCCGUAAAUGCCGCCACUGCCGAUUCGUUUCCUUCUCAGCCACCCCAGGCUUCGCGGAGUGUUCAUGGUACGCCUCGUGUGCGCAGCUGCAAGAUCCCCCACUGCUUGCCCCCGACUAUGUCACCGUGGCAGUACCGUCCUAA